AUGGCUCUGAGGAGCCUGGCCCGCUUCGCGCUGUCCCGGCGCGUCGCCGAUGCUUGCUUCCAGCAGGCGACCAAGCUCCAGGUGGCAGUGCAGGGUCCACCGGCGCUCACGUCCCUGCUCUGGCGACGCACCGCAUCCUCCCUGCUGCAGGAAGCAUCUGCUUCCACCUCCACCCCCGCCUUCGGCACAGAGGCCGAUCUGGUCGUUCCCCUGCUGAACCAGCGCGGGCGCCAGGUGGGCACCUACACCCUAGGCGGCGACGUGUUCAACACCGAGGUCCGCCGAGACAUCCUGCACCGCGUCGUGCGCUGGCAGCUCGCUGCACGGCAGCAGGGCACACACAAGACCAAGACGAGGACGGAGGUGCGGGGCGGCGGGCGGAAGCCCCGGCCCCAGAAGGGCGGCGGCGUUUCCCGCCAGGGUUCGAUCCGCGCGCCACAGUGGCGAGGCGGCGGCGUCGCGCAUGGCCCUGUCACACGAAGUCACGCCAUCAAGCUGCUCAAACGCAUCAGGCGGCUGGGCCUCUGCUCCGCCCUGUCGGCCAAGGCGCGAGAAGGGCGAUUGCUGGUGGUGGACACCCUGCGGCUUCCGCAGCCAAAGACGGGCCUGCUGGCCGGCGCGCCUCGCCGCAGCGUGCUCCUCAGCGAUCUGAGCGCAGAGGGCCCUGAUGGGGGCGAGGGUCUGCGCCGGGCCUGCGCCAACCUCCCCUGGGUGGACCUGCUGCCCAGCAUAGGGUUGAAUGUCUACUCCAUCCUGCGCAGGGACUACCUGGUGCUGACGUGCCAGUCGGUAGAGGCGGUGCAGGAGCGGUUGAGGAAGCCCAUCCGCCCGCAGCGGUCCACCGCCUGA